CCGCGGUGCCGCAGUGCGUCUGCCGUCGCGUCGCGUCGCGCGCCCCUCGGCGGGCGGGUGCCGCCGCGGCGCAGCCCAGCCCUCGGUAACGCCCUGCCCUACCCGCUGCUCACCAGGAUGGCGGUGGCCGUGACGUGUGUCCCCGUGCCCAGCGGCAAGACUCGCCGGAGGAACCUCUCCCAUCGCGACGAGUACAGCGAGCAGACGUUUGGCGCACCAGUCGACUUCUCCUUCAAGCGGCUGACCAGCCUGGACGAGCUGCACGCCAACGAGAGCCCCAAGGCGCAGCGGACGAGGCGCGCGCCGGUCCAGCUGCAGAACAAGCGCUUCGUGAGCGCCUCGCUCUGGCUCAACCACAACCAGCUCACUGACGUCCGGGGGCUGGCCAGCCUCAUGCGUGGCCUCAUCGCGCAGCCCGACGCACUGGGGUGGCUCGACCUGUCCUUCAACAACCUCACGGACAUCGCCGACGAUGUCCUACAAUUCCCACAACUGCGCAUUCUUUACCUUCACGGAAAUCAACUGACCAAAUUGAAUUCGGUGGCCAAACUGCGGCACCUGCAAAAGCUUCGAAAUCUCACACUGCGAGGGAACCCUAUCGACGAGAUUCCAUCGUACCGCAGUUACAUCAUCAGCAUAAUACCACAGAUAACAAGACUGGACUUUGUCCCAAUAUCAGCGGGGGAGAGGGGGAGUGCCCCUCCUGCUGGUUUUGCAAAAAAGAAGGCAAUGCUUCUCAAAUGAUCAUGUACUUAAAAAUGAAAGGAAAAUGUAAAAUUGAUUUCCAAAAAUAU